AGUUCGAGACUUCGGAUUCGGAUUCAGUCGAACUCUAACGGCGCUCGCAUUCGGACGCGUUUUGAAAACUUGCUCUUAGCUUCCCAGAGAAUUGUUUGAUUCUUAUAUUUUUUGGGGACAUAGGCCUGAAAUCGGCCUGGAGAAGUAAAAGCAACAAAAUCAACAACAGCAAAAAAUCAACAAUAACCAAAGAAAAAACAAUAUAAAGAAAUUGUCAAGUGAGAAGAAAACAGGAAAUCGCAAGAAAUUCAGUCUUCUCCAUUCGCAGUCCGCGAUUCGUCCAGUAACCAGUGACCACUGAAAGUGACCAUGAUCUUGCGGAGAUCUCACCUUGCCGCCGGCCACCUGCCGCUCCUGCCAAUCCCCCUGCUCUGGAUGAUCCUCGCCCUCCUGCUGCCGGCCACCACCCCGCCCAUGUGUCACGGGAAGACCGUCGGACCCUCCGAUCCCCUCCAGGUGCAGCUCCAGCCGGAGCAGGGCCUGCCGGAGCCCAGGGCCUACAUGCCGGACGCCCAGCACCUCGACUUUGUCUACCACGACCACGAGGAGCUCACUAGGUUCUUGAGAGCCACAAGUGCCAGGUACCCCAACCUGACGGCCCUGUACUCCAUCGGCAAGUCCAUCCAGGGCAGGGACUUGUGGGUGAUGGUGGUCAGCUCGUCGCCCUACGAGCACAUGGUGGGCAAGCCGGAUGUGAAGUACGUGGGAAACAUCCACGGGAACGAGCCCGUGGGCCGGGAGAUGCUCCUCCACCUGAUCCAGUACUUCGUGACCAGCUAUAACUCCGAUCAGUAUGUGAAGUGGCUGCUGGACAACACAAGGAUUCACAUCCUGCCCACCAUGAAUCCAGAUGGCUAUGCGGUGUCCAAGGAAGGCACUUGCGAUGGCGGUCAGGGCAGGUACAAUGCCCGUGGCUUUGAUUUGAAUCGCAAUUUCCCGGACUAUUUCAAGCAAAACAAUAAACGCGGCCAGCCCGAAACGGAUGCGGUCAAGGAUUGGAUUUCCAAAAUCCAGUUUGUUCUGAGCGGCAGUCUCCAUGGAGGAGCUCUAGUGGCCAGUUAUCCCUACGACAACACACCCAACUCCAGGCUGCUCAAAGGGAUCUGCCGUUCGUCCGCCUUGUGCGCGAUGUUCCAGACGUACUCGGCGGCGCCCUCCCUGACCCCCGACGACGACGUCUUCAAGCACCUGUCAUUGGUCUAUGCCCGGAACCACGCCAAGAUGUCCCGGGGGGUGGCCUGCAAGUCGGCGACCCCGGCCUUCGAGAACGGCAUUACGAACGGAGCUGCCUGGUAUCCCCUGACCGGGGGAAUGCAGGACUACAACUACGUCUGGUAUGGCUGCAUGGAGAUCACCCUGGAGAUAUCCUGCUGCAAGUUCCCGCCCGCCUACGAACUCAAAAAGUACUGGGAGGAUAAUCAACUGUCUCUGAUCAAGUUCCUGGCUGAGGCACAUCGGGGAGUCCAAGGAUUCGUUUUUGAUCCUGCGGGUAUGCCCAUCGAAAGAGCGUCCAUUAAAAUCAAGGGUCGUGACGUGGGCUUCCAGACCACCAAGUACGGUGAGUUCUGGCGAAUUCUUCUGCCCGGAUAUUACAAAGUUGAGGUCUUCGCCGAAGGCUUCGCCCCUCGUGAGGUGGAAUUCGUGAUUGUGGAGCAACAUCCCACUCUGCUCAAUGUGACACUGCAACCCUCGAAGUACCUACUGGCAGCCUCUGGGGCCACCACUUCCGCCUCGAAGGCCUCACCUACUUCCACAUCCACUCAGACCACGACUUUGAAGCGCCGUGUCAACGACAAGCUGGAGUUGUCCACCGACUAGGGUGGAGGUCUCCAGAAGCUACAGACUGGAUGGAUGUCUUGUAAAUACAGAUAGAUGUGCUUUAGCAACUAAUCCCAAGGGAAUGCCACUCAAAAGUGUUGCUCUACUGGACGAAUGUAGAAAAGUUUUCCUCUAAAGUUGCAUAAUUUAAAGAUUAUUUGGAAAGGGUUUGGUUUUAACUCCAAUUUACUAUCCUGAAAAGCACAAAAAGCUAACUAGAACUACUUUAUAAUUUUAUCUGCUCUUUUUGUAUAUUAACCUACCUCACUUGUUAGUGGUUUAGUAAAGCUUGUUCUAUUUAAACUUAUAGACUGGAGUUGGAAGAAGUGUCGAAAUGGUAAUUGUAAGAUCUCUUCUUGUGAAUGGUGACCUUCUGUAGUUUAAGUGUUGCUUGUUAAUGGUAAAAUAUUAAUACUAAAACAAACAAAGAAAUCCACAAAAAAUCGGAAAACCUUAACCAAAAA